AGUAAAACUACAAUAUCGCAUUCAAUAUCACCUUUCACCUUUGACCUACAAACCUUCUAUGUCACAAGAAAUGGCCGCAUUUAUCCGAGGCACCUCGAGGGUUUUGAGCUGUCUAUCGCAUUCAAUUCCCCAUCCAUUACGGCAUCAUCCGUCCAGUCUGCAGAGGCUACUUGUAAGAACAUGUCCGGACCUCCCUCUAUUUGUACCUCCAAGUUACUUUUUCUGCAACGCAGCAUCACUCCAGGAUAAGGAAGCUGCCGAAGCUCUCUCCCGCUAUAAGGACAGACCUUGGGAUUACCUGGAGAGUGAAGAGUACAUUGAGAGGUAUGGAAUCAAUCCAGUGUGGGGAGGCUACAAGAGGAACCACAAAGGAGGCAUCCCCCCACAGAAGACACGCAAGACCUGCAUUAGGGGAAGCAAGAUAUGUGGAAACCCCUGUCCAAUUUGCCGAGAUCCAAACAUUAUUAUCCACCAUCAGAAUGUGAAAUUAUUGGAGCAGUUCGUAAAUCCCCACACCGGGAUGGUGUUUGAUCACUCUCAAACUGGUGUGUGUAUGAAACAGCAGAAGAGGCUAAAUGAGGCGAUCAACACAGCACAAAAUCAUGGUUUACUUCCCUUUCAGAUUCCUUAUGUGGAAUUUUCAGGAGAGGACUACACCAAUUCCCAUGAUGCUGUGGGGUCCACACCACCUCCCCAGUCCUUACGUUCUGGUGACAUUUGGUAUAAAUGGUACGGUGAAAUAACAUCUGAUGGACAUGAAGUGGCGAAAGUCAAGAAUACGUACAAGGCUUACUUAAAGUGAUGAAAACUGUACAACCAGUCCUCCUCUUGAGCGAGCCAUGAUGUUGCUGCCAUUAAAACAAUCAGUAACUACGCCUUUGAUUUGCUGUACAUAUGUACAUGUCCACAGGACAUAGGUGAAUUUCCACUGUUAUAAUAUUCUACACGUAUGCAAAUAAAACAGUCUAUUAGAACAUGUUGAAAAA